GAAACAAUAAUUGAAUUAUCAGAUUUGGAUGAAUAUUUGAUACAAAUAUUUGAUUUGUAUGAACAUAAUAAAGAAAAUCAAGAAAAUAAUACUUCACUAAAGUUAGAAUUUUCUUGUACUAUAAGUAUUUCGACAUUAGAUGGAAAUUCUGAAGAACAAGCAGAUAAAAUUAUUGAAAUAAUAUCUAAUAUCGAUGAUUAUAUAUGGAUAUAUCAUAAUAAGUAUAUUUCAAAAAAAUCAAAUUCAAUAACCUAUAAUUAUUAUUGUUCUCAGCGUGAUUGUUUAAUAGAAAAGUCAAAAAAAAAUAAUGAUUUUACAAAGCAUCGUGAUAGACAACAAAUGGAACGUUUUUCCUGUAAAGGAUAUAUUAAAAUCAUUAUUUUCCAAGAUCAUCCAUUAUCUAAUAUAGAGAUGCAUCAUUGUUUACAUUCUGUUCGAUUAGAUAAUUCAAUUUCAUCGGAAAUUAAGCAAUUUAUUUUGGAAAAUAUUGAUUUGCUUCCACGUGAAAUUUAUAAACGAUUAGUUGCGCAAAAUUUAAGCAUCAAUAUAUAUCAAAAACAAAUCCAUUUUUGGUGGAUGGAACUUGGAAAAAAAAGAUUUCAACGUGAUAAUGAUUCUCUUUUGUCAGCACAAAAAUGGUUAAGAGAAAAUUCUCAUCAAAUUAUAUUUCAAAAAGAAGCACCGCAAGCUAUUGGAUUUUUAACUGGAAUGUGGGAUAUUUUUAAAAGUUUAAAAUUUCAAAUUAAUGAAAUUGGAGUUGACGCAACAUUUCAUGCUCAAAUAAAUGGAAGCGGAUAUCCUUUAGCUUAUUUAUUUCUUGAGAAUAAUGGAAACUGUAGUAAUGGAAUUCAUUUGGUAAUUUAUAUUAUUAUGACACAAGUAGUUGCACAACAACAAAAAAAAUUUUAUCAAAUUUCAUCUGGAAUUGAAAAGGAAUUAUGGCGCAAAUCAUUUAAACAAGAAUGGAAAAAAUUAAAAUCAUCUACAAUUCAUAAUGAUAAUACAUAUUUAACAAGUCUUUCAAAUUGGGUAUGUGGAUGCCCUUAUUUUGCAACAAGUCGCUUUUUUAUUUGUAAGCAUCUUGUGCAACAAAAAGGAAUUGUAGAUGCUCAAUUUUUUGAUCAA